AACGUAAAUACGUUACGUUACGUUCUCUGCACUGAAUGCACGUGUGAUAUUUUUAUUUACUGCCAAGAUUUUAUGUUAACUAAAGUUCAUUUGAGUAAAGUAAAAUGUCUUCUAUAAAGAAAAAGCGUGUUUCGAAAAAGACCAAAUCAGCUUGGAGGAAAACCGAUAUAAAAGAUGUGGAAGAAUUUUUAGAGGAUCAACGACAAGAAGAGCGCGUUGGUUCAUUUGCGGAGAAAAAAGAUGAUGAGCUUUUUAUGGUGGACGCAACACCUCUAAAAUCAAAACAAAUAAUUUUAACUGAAAAACAAAGACGAAAGUUAAACGCUAAGAAGCCAUUACGUUCUUUAGAGGCUUUAACAAAUAAUUCCAAGGUACAAGAUCCAAUUGUUAAAAGGAACCGCGUUCGACAAAAAAAAAGCGGUCGUAUUAUUGAAGAAGAGGUCCGCAAUCCUACUAAACCUCGCCAUUUCCAAGCAAACAAAGAUAGGGAACGAUAUUAUGAAUCACUAGAAAAGAAACUUAAGAAAGGAGAACAUCUUGCGAAAUCGGCUAAGGACGUUUGGGCAGAAGAGGACUUUCGCGAUAAAAUACCGGGUUUAAAAGAUGAAAAAGGCUGGAUAAGCAAAGACUUAGCAUUGUAUGUAUCAAAGAAUAUCGGCAAAGCAGUGAUAAAAGUUCAUGACAGUAUACGACACCGUACUACAAAGGCAAAAAAAUUCGAAGCUCCCCAUGGUGGUAUGAGUUAUAAUCCAUCAUUGGAAGAUCAUCAAGCACUGCUUGCAGCAGUAGCGGACAAAGAAGAGAAGAUCAUUAAAGAGGAAAAUCAUUUGAAACGAGUUACUACUCAAAUGUUUUCAAAAGUUACACCAGAAGAACGGGAUAAACGUCUAAUGGAAGAAAUGCGCUCUGGUUUAGGCGAAGAAGAUGAUGGUAAUGAGAAAGACGAUGCAACACCUGAUGGUGUAUAUAAAUCAAUUAAUCCACCAGUUGAGAAUAAGAAAAAAAGUAAACAGUCACGUCGGAAAGAAUUGCAACAAAAAGAACUGCAAAAAAAGCAAGCAGAGAAAAAGGCCCUAAAAAAGCAAACUGCGGACCUAAAUAGGAUAAAGUCAAUUAAAAACGAGGUGAUAGCUGAAGAAGAACAACUUAACGAUUUAAAAAAGCAUCGCAAAAAGGUUGAAUUGAAAAAGAAAUUCGAAACAAAACGUUUGGGUCGUCUUAAGUAUGCCGAGCCGGACACAGAUAUCAACAUGCCCGAAGACAUUGCUGGAAACCUGCGCAAUGUAAAACCAGAAUCAAGUUUGUUAGUCGAUCGGUUUAAAAACUUCCAAAAGCGAAACAUUUUACCUGUGAGCGUUGCAACAGGAAAGCAGAAAUCAAAGAAGGUGAAACGUUUUCCCCGCAGCUCACACAAAGAUCCUGGUGUUUCAUUUCAAAUGCUACGAGAGCAGCGUAAAGUGAAAUCAUAAGCACUUUUCCAUUGCAUCAAGCUAUAUGUUUAUAGUUUCUAAUUAAAAAUUGGAUAAAAUUGAAAAUAAAUUUAUUCUACAAAAAAA